GCCAGCCACCCACCGCAGGAGGACAUGCGGGCCUUCCCACCUGACGUCAACAUGCGCCGGGGAAUCGCAUCGCUGCCUGACACGUUCCGGAAAAGGGCUAAAGUACUGAAGGCAAACCUGAGCAGUUUUCUUAAAAAGACACAAUGGAUCCUAUCCAGCCACCCAUAUGAAACAGACCAACUAAACAGUACUACCCAAGUUGAAUCCUUGAAAUGGAAAGGAUCCUUCGACAGACUCCUGGAAAAUAAAGAUGGACUAUUAACAUUCAGAGCAUUUUUGGUGUCUGAGUACAGUGAAGAGAACAUAGAUUUUUAUCUAGCCUGUGAGGACUACAAAAGCACCAAAUCCCCAGACAAACUGAAAACAAAAGCAAAAGAUAUUUAUGAAGAGUUCAUUCAAAGGGAUGCACCAAGGGAGGUCAACAUUGACCAGAAGACCAGAGAUUUCUCUAAAAACAACCUUGAAGAGUGCAAGAGAAUGUGCUUUGAUAUAGCCCAACUUGAAGUCUACACUCUUAUGGAGAAAGAUUGCUACCCACGCUUCCUAAGGUCUGCCACUUUCAAAGAGAGGGAAAAAUACCCAAAGCUGCUUGCAUGAGGAAAAAAAUCUGUUCUCCUGUCGAGUAUUUCCAGUUCCGUGACAGUCAACAAGACAGAAGCCCUGAUGAAGGUAGCCAGCCUCUAAUGGAGCUGUGUGACAUGGCUAGAGGUACAUGAAGGUAGCCAGCCUCUAAUGGAGCUGUGUGACAUGGCUAGAGGUACAUGAAGGUAGCCAGCCUCUAAUGGAGCUGUGUGACAUGGCUAGAGGUACAUGAAGGUAGCCAGCCUCUAAUGGAGCUGUGUGACAUGGCUAGGGCUACAUGAAGGUAGUCAGCCUCUAAUGGAGCUGUGUGACAUGGCUAGGGGUACAUGAAGGUAGUCGGCCUCUAAUGGAGCUGUGUGACAUGGCUAGGGCUACAUGAAGGUAGCCAGCCUCUAAUGGAGCUGUGUGACAUGGCUAGGGGUACAUGAAGGUAGCCAGCCUCUAAUGGAGCUGUGUGACACGGCUAGGGGUACCAGGUAAAAGAAUCAAGCAUCCAAAGAACGACACAAGACUCAGAAUCGCUCCUGAUUGCUUUUGAAGAAGAAACUGUCAAAGACCCCUUGGGAGAAAGUCAUGGAUUAGCUGAGGCUUCAGUAACCUUCUGAUGUUGACUCACCCAGCUCUUUAUUGCCUUCUGGAAGGAAAUAAUGGAACAGCAACAGAGCACUAGGCUCAAACCUGCGCUUCGUAAUUGAGGAUCAGGGCUCAGAAGCCUUGCUUUAUUUUUUUUGAUAGAUGAGUACUUGAUAUUAAGUUGAAAUGUUGAAUUUUAUACAAUAAUAUAAACUUUUUUGAGCCUGGAGCCAAACCCAGGAAGCGCAGGGUAAUGGGGCAGGGGGUGACCCCAAAUGUGGUCAGUAAGCCUGAGACACCAUCGUGUGACUCAUAUAUAUGACACAUGUUUACAUUUUUUUUAAAUUAAACCUUAAAAUAUUUUAAGGUGUUUUGUAUAGAAAUAUUUAUAAAUAAGUUCUAUAUUUAUUUAUUGUGUAAGU